AUGGAGGCAGCUAUGGGAGCUUUUGUGGCAGAUUAUGUUCAAGAGGAUUGUUGUCCAAAUUCUCCAAUUAUGUGGAAAAGGGUUGGAGAAAGGAAGAGCGACAACGGUGUGAAGGUGGCUAACAUUCUCAACAGCAGGAAAAUCUAUAUUUUGUCUGAAAAUGACUCCCUUAUCUGGAAUGCUGCUAAAUCAGGUAACUACAAGGUUGGUUUGGGAUAUGAACUGCAAAGAAAGAGGCAGAAGGAUUGCAAAUGGCCUGUCGUUCUAUGUUGGGACAAAUGGGUGUUACCUAAAGCUGGUGCCUUCCUUUGGAUUGCAUUGCAUGAAAGGAUUAUUACAAGUGACAGACUGAAAUCAAUAAGUAUAGCGGGGCCCAGUAGAUGUUGCUUUUGCAAAAAAGAGGAAGAAUCCGCAGAACAUUUAUUGUACAGUUGCUCUUAUUCAAGGCAGUUUUGGGAUUGGUUACAGCUGAAGCUUCAAAAUUAUAUGGUGUACAACAGUACGUUCAAAGAUUUUAUCUUUGCUUGGCCGACAGGGGGCAAGUUCUCAAAAUGGGGAAGUCUGUGGAUCACUAGCCCAUCUAUGGUCGUUUGGCACAUGUGGAAAGAGAGAAACAAAAGGAUAUUCAUGGAGGAAGAGAUGGUGGUCACUCUUCUUAUUAAUAAAAUCCAAGUGGCAGUAGAAGAAACUAUUAAUGGUAAGAUCUACGGAAGUAGAUUUAAAUAUUACUCUAAAUGA